AUGUCGCAGCUUGCCAAUAUAAGCGUUCGUUAGUGAGAAGAGGAUGGAAGGCGAAGGGAAAUUAGAGCUUGUUACCAGCGCGGAAAUGUUGGCUGUGGCGCGACGCAUCCACGGGCCCGCAGCUCAAAUAUUGGAUUUCAGCGUGGAGAAGGCCACCAGCAGUGUGCAAGGGUUCAUGUCCUGCGUUCUCAGGGUGACCGCCAACAUACAGGUCUGUAAGGAGAUAUUGACAGAAAAAAUAAUCGUCAAAAGAAAACCCACGCUGCAAAAUCAAAACUGUCUAUAGUGAACGAAAUGGAAGUUUUUGAUCACGAGAUCGGUUUCUUUGAAAAUUGUGCGCCAAUUUUGAGCGCAAAUUGCCCCAAAGUGCCCAUUGUAAAAUGCUUCGCUACAAAUUCUGAAACGGGUAUUAUUUAUAUGGAAGAUUUGAAGGUAAAAAAUUUCACAGCCAUGAUUCGUUGCAUAGCUGAUUUAAAAGAAAACGUUCUUUCCAUGGAGCACAUUUACCUUGUCGCGAAAACUCUCGCCAGAUUUCACGCCGCUUCUUACGAAAUUGACUGGGUGGAAAAAUUUCCAACAGUUUUCGCGGAGGACGUCAUGUUUGAGAAAAACGACGGUACUCUCAUGAAAAAUUUCAUCCGCCAAUCUGGCGAAAAAACUCUGGUGCCGCUCACGAAGCACCAUUUCCAAGGAAACGAGCGCCUUUUGAAAAGUUCUCUUUGGUUUACCACGGAAGAGUUUUUUCAAGCCCUGGUCGACAUUUGCAAACCUAAACAGAAAGGGCUCAAUGUUUUAUGUCACGGUGACUGUUGGGUGAACAACAUGAUGUUCAAAACCGACCCUGAUUCCGGGAAGCCGUUGGAAAUUAAAUUAAUCGACUUCCAGUUGUGCCGCUUCACUCACGGAUCCACAGACCUGAUGGACUUUUAGUAUGUGUGUAUCAACGCCGCCGUUCGCAAGAAAAUCGAACGUGAAUUUUUGGAGUUGUAUUGGGAAACUUUUACGGAGGAGUGCGCCAGUAGAGAAAUCAAGUUGGCUGGAAAUUUUGUGGAGUUUUUGGCCGAUUAUGAGCGGAAUAAAGCGUAUGGGAUAAUGAUGGCUGUGGGAAUGAGACCGUGCGUCUACAUCAAGGGCACUUUUCCGGAUGGAAACGAAGAACUUACUGAGGAACAUAUCAAUUCCAUGACUGAUGGA